AGAAGAAAGAGCGCUUCCUGUAGUGUCAAAGUUCACACACUAGCUUGUCAGAAACCCCAGCUAGCAGAGCAGCUAACGUCCCCGAAAAUACUAUUUCCCCUGUCAAAAUGGAAGUAAAUCAAGCUAAACAGGAACACCUACUUGCGUUAAAAGUGAUGCGCUUAACAAAACCGACACUCUUCACCAACCUGCCGGUGACGUGUGAAGAUCGAGAUCUGCCAGGGGAUUUGUUUGGUCAGCUUAUGAGGGAGGACCCCUCCACCAUCAAAGGAGCAGAGGCGCUAAUGCUGGGGGAGAUGCUGACGUUGCCGCAGAACUUUGGAAAUAUAUUCCUCGGUGAGACCUUCUCGAGUUACAUCAGCGUGCACAACGACAGCAUCCAGAUGGUGAAGGACGUGCUCGUGAAGGCGGACCUCCAGACCAGCUCACAGAGGCUCAACCUCUCGGCGUCCAACUCGGCAGUGGGCGAGCUCAAACCGGAGAGCUGCAUCGACGACGUCAUCCACCACGAGGUCAAAGAAAUUGGGACGCACAUCCUUGUUUGUGCAGUCAGUUACACCACUCAGUACGGGGAGAAGCUCUAUUUUCGGAAGUUCUUCAAAUUCCAGGUCUUGAAGCCGCUGGACGUGAAGACCAAGUUCUACAACGCGGAGAGUGACCUCAGUUCUGUGACGGAUGAAGUGUUCCUGGAGGCGCAGAUCCAGAACAUCACCACCUCCCCGAUGUUCAUGGAGAAGGUUUCCCUGGAGCCCUCCAUGAUGUACAACGUCACGGAGCUCAACACCGUCGCCAGCGGCGACGACGGGGAGUCCACGUUUGGCAAAAUGUCCUACCUGCAGCCCAUGGACACGCGGCAGUACCUGUACUGCCUCAAGCCGAAGCCGGAGUACGCGGAGAAGGCCGGCGUCAUCAAGGGCGUGACGGUGAUCGGGAAGCUGGACAUCGUGUGGAAGACCAACCUCGGGGAGAGAGGGAGGCUACAGACCAGCCAGCUGCAAAGAAUGGCUCCAGGGUACGGAGACAUCCGGUUGUCUUUGGAGACGAUUCCCGACACAGUCAACCUCGAAGAACCUUUUGACAUUAUCUGUAGAAUCACCAACUGCAGCGAAAGAACCAUGGACCUGGUGCUGGAGAUGUGUAACACCAGCUCCAUCCACUGGUGCGGCGUUUCGGGGCGCCAGCUGGGGAAACUCUGCCCGGGGGCCUUCCUCUCUCUGCCCCUCACGCUCCUCUCCUCCGUCCAGGGUCUGCAGAGCCUCUCCGGGUUGAGGCUGACGGACACGUUUCUCAAGAGGACGUACGAGUACGACGACGUCGCACAGGUGUGCGUGGUCUGCCCUUACAGCAGCAACGAGUGCUAGGGAGCGGCAAUGGACCGACGCUGGAAUUCUGCACAUAACCUUUCACUCUUUUUGCGACCUGAGGAGAUCGCACUGUACAUUUUAAAAUUUACUUGUGAAUAAUAUGAAUCCCUUUCUGCUGAAAAUAAUAAUGUAAAUGUGAAUAAAUGUUAGGGUUAUUAAAAUAUCUGCAAUCUUUGAUCAUCA